AAAUGCAUUGUCCAGCUCCUUCCCACAAGUCUGCGGUCUGCUCCCUGAGCCUGAAGAGUGAACGCUUCUUCUUGUCUUUGUAAAACUUAAGCUUCCACUAUGAGGGAAAUCGUGCACAUCCAGGCCGGCCAGUGCGGUAACCAGAUCGGUGCUAAGUUCUGGGAAGUGAUCAGUGAUGAGCAUGGUAUCGAUCCCACGGGGACCUACCACGGAGACAGUGACCUGCAGCUGGACAGGAUCAGUGUCUACUACAAUGAGGCCACAGGAGGCAAAUAUGUUCCUCGUGCAAUUCUUGUGGACUUGGAGCCGGGCACCAUGGACUCUGUGAGGUCUGGACCCUUUGGACAGAUCUUCAGACCUGACAACUUUGUGUUUGGUCAGAGUGGUGCUGGAAACAACUGGGCCAAGGGUCACUACACAGAGGGAGCUGAGCUUGUGGACUCUGUUCUUGAUGUGGUCCGCAAAGAGUCAGAGAGCUGUGACUGCCUGCAGGGCUUCCAGCUCACCCACUCUCUUGGUGGUGGAACUGGAUCUGGUAUGGGAACCCUGCUCAUCAGCAAGAUCCGUGAGGAGUACCCUGACCGCAUCAUGAACACCUUCAGUGUGGUGCCUUCCCCCAAGGUGUCAGACACAGUGGUGGAGCCUUACAAUGCCACCCUGUCAGUCCACCAGCUUGUAGAGAACACAGAUGAAACCUACUGUAUUGACAAUGAAGCCCUGUAUGACAUCUGCUUCCGCACCUUGAAACUGACCACACCCACUUAUGGAGACCUUAACCACCUGGUGUCCGCCACCAUGAGCGGGGUCACCACCUGCCUGCGCUUCCCUGGUCAGCUCAAUGCCGAUCUCCGCAAACUGGCCGUCAACAUGGUGCCUUUCCCCCGUCUGCACUUCUUCAUGCCCGGCUUUGCUCCCCUGACCAGCAGAGGCAGCCAGCAGUACCGCGCCCUCACAGUCCCUGAGCUCACCCAGCAAGUGUUUGAUGCCAAGAACAUGAUGGCAGCCUGUGACCCACGUCACGGCCGCUAUCUGACCGUCGCUGCAGUGUUCCGUGGACGCAUGUCCAUGAAGGAAGUUGAUGAGCAGAUGCUGAAUGUGCAGAACAAGAACAGCAGCUACUUCGUCGAAUGGAUCCCCAACAAUGUCAAGACUGCCGUCUGUGACAUUCCACCCCGUGGCCUCAAGAUGGCUGUCACUUUCAUUGGCAACAGCACAGCCAUCCAGGAGCUGUUCAAGCGCAUCUCUGAGCAGUUCACCGCCAUGUUCCGCCGUAAGGCUUUCCUGCAUUGGUACACAGGGGAAGGUAUGGAUGAGAUGGAGUUCACUGAGGCAGAGAGCAACAUGAAUGACCUGGUGUCUGAGUACCAGCAGUACCAGGACGCCACUGCUGAAGAAGAGGGUGAAUUUGAGGAGGAGGCUGAAGAUGACGCUUGAAGAUAAAGAUGUGAAGGUCAAUUCAUCAAAACCAAAACCAGAAAUAAACAAGAAGGAACAAAAACAAAAGGAGCAAACAUAGUGUCCGGAGCAGUGUUAGCAUCAAACUUUAGAAUACAUUAGAUACCACUUGUGAUUUACUGCGAAUAAACUUGUCAAACAAAAACCUUU